AUGGUUGAUGGAAAUGGAUUGCUCCAUCCACGAGAAUAUUGGUGUGAUGGUUCUGAUGCCGAUUCAUCUAGAAAGAAACCAGGUUAUGUUAUUGUCAUUGGAGCUACAAAUAAGCCUGAUGUUGUGGAUCAAACUCUUCAAAGGCCAGAAAGAUUUGAUCGAGAGAUAUAUCUUGGGGUUCCAGAUGUGAAGUCAAGGAAACAGAUACUGAUGAUGCUUUCUCGGAAGCUUCGACUUGAAGGGCAAUUUGACUUUUUAAAGAUAGCAAGGGCCACACCAGGUUUUCUUGGUGCUGACUUGAAAGCAUUAGUCAAUAAUGCAGGGUAUCUGGCAAUGAAGAGAAUAAUUAAUAAAAGAAGAGCUCAAUAUUGUUCUGAGGUAAAGGUAAAAUGGUGGAAGCAGCUGUCUUGGGAUGCAGGCGAGAUGGAGAGUGUACAUGUUACCAUGAACGACUUUGAGGAAGCAACAAAAUUGGUCCAACCCUCUUUGAGGAGGGAAGGAUUUUCUUCCAUUCCUGAUGUCACAUGGGAUAAUGUUGGAGGUCUUUAUUCGUUGAGGAAAGAGUUUCACCGCUACAUAAGAUGUAUUAAGAGCCCUGAAGAUUGUGAUUUAUUUGGAGUGAGAAUGCAAGAUGGCUUCCUGCUGUUUGGACCUCCGGGUUGUGGCAAAACACUCAUAGCAAAAGCAGUGGCACAUGAGGCAGGGGCUAAUUUUAUUCAUAUUAAGGGGCCUGAUAUAUUGAAGAAGUAUGUUGGGGAUAGUGAAUCAGAAAUUAGGAAAAUAUUCAACCGAGCACGUACUAAUGCCCCAUGCAUUGUAUUUUUUGAUGAGGUAGAUUCAUUGACAACAAAAAGAGGUAAAGAGGGGGGGUUGUUGAACGUCUCCUAA